AUGGCAUUUCCUUUGCAAACACAAGUCUUGGUUGACGGACAAUGGGUUACCAGGACUGUCGAUACCCAUACACUGCUUCAACGCUACAAUCGAAUGGAUGAUAGGCCAAUCGAUCAUACCAUGGAAACGAUACGUCCUCCGGUCCGUGGUGUUCUGACUCAAACAAUCAUUCCCAGCCCUCUUGUACAUUGGAUUCUGCCCAUUAGACUUCGUGGUCAGGAGUACAAUGAUGUAGCAUAUAUUGGAGACACAUUUGUCGAGAUUCGACGAUUGGGGGUGGGUCCGCAUCUAUUUGAAGUCAUCCGAAAGGACGACUUCGGUUCCAAAAUUCGCAAUGCGAGUGUCCUGGGAUCGCUCGAAGACUACGAAAAGGAGCAAGUGCGUGUCAAGGAGGAAUGCGAAGACGUUGACAUGAUCAACUUUUCGGCAUCGUCAGAUAGCCCAUCAUCUCCCAAGAUACUUUUACCACCUCAGAUUCUAGUCUUACAACUCGAAGCGGACACAUCUAGCGAUUCAGUUUUUUUAACGCUACACCAAUCCGGCGACGGAUCGUGGAAGUUUAUGUCUAGUAGGCGACGGUUAUCCAAAGCGAUGGAUAAGCUCCAGCCUGGAACGCAUUUAUCUGUUGACCCCAGCUCAAGAUAUAUGGUUAUAGGUUGUUCUGAACAAUGUUUCACAGUUCAGGCCUUGGAGUCAAGAACGGAGCUGAAUCGUCAAUAUAUCAAUGGCGAGGAACUCCAGUAUAUCGAGUCUGAGAAGAUCGUUCUCUGUAAAGGAGCAAUUUUGAAAUUGGAAUUCCUUCAUCCUCCAGCUGGAUCAGAAGAUGAUAUUAUCCUGCUACUGAUAGUAACGAUGAAUGGUAAGAUAAGGAUGCUCAUAUAUUCAUGGAGAGCUGGGGAUCCUCUGUCAGCCAUUAAAUCACGAAAUUCUAGAGGCAAAAAGGGCUAUGCCUUGAGGGAGAUCCCCCUAUUGUUCAUACCUUUACGCUUCCAAGCCGCGUUUGUCCUAGUGAACAAGGAUUCUAUGGUGGCUUACAAAGGCAUUUUGGAAGGUGCACCUGAAUGCAUACCAAUUGGAUCCGGUUUAAGAAUGCCCCUCGACCUCUAUCAAGGCUCAGAUGUACCCUUAUGGACAGCCUGGGCAAAACCGACUCGUUUGCCCCACCAUACAGCAGAACACGAUGAUGUAUAUCUCGCUCGAGAGGAUGGAUGGAUCUGUCUAUUGCAGGUGAAUCACGACAGAGAAGAUCUUGAUCUUUCUAUAACCGACGUUGGCGAGAUGCAAUGCAAUAUCGGGAAAGCUUUCGCUUGUGCAGACUACUCACUCGAUCCGGAUAUUCACCGCCAUGGUGAUGUGCUUGUUUCUGGGGGCGACGCUAGUAUCGGAGGGACUUAUUUGAAUACGGCUCGAGCACAACCUAAUGUUAAAAAAGACACACAUAAUUGGUCGCCAGCUAUGGAUCUUGUAGUAAUUAGGAAAAAUUUGAAAUCUAACUUAGACAUUAAUACUAGAACCCAGAGCUUCGUUCCUUCGCCAGAUUCGAUAUUUGUUUGCAGCGGAAAAGGAGCACUAUCAUCCAUAACAGAAUUGAGGUCUGGUAUUGAAGCUAUUCUUGGCGUGGAUCUUGAGUUUCAUUCUGCGGUUACGAAAGCAUGGAUUUUACCCUCAGAAGUAUACUCAGGUUCAGCUGGUGGUGACGACUGGGUAUUACUUUCGCUCGAGGAUCGAUCAGCUAUUUUACAAAUUUCUCUAGAUCGGACGAAUGCUGAAGAACUUGACCCAAGUCAUAUCCCAUUAGAUCUGAUGAGCCGGACUAUAGUGACCAGCGUCUCUGGAAAUCGUGCAAUACAGGUAACAGAACGAUCCAUUGUUGUUCUAGACUCGGGCAAUUGCACUACACUUAACAGCAUGAAUAUGAUGGGCUAUCCUCAAGCCUUACCAAUUUCAACCACAUUCAUUAAUAAUGCCAUCAUCUGCAAUGAAAAGGUAUUGUUUACCACACAUUACGAGGAACAGCGUCUGCUUCGCAUACUCGAUACCGCCAUUGAUAAUAGUACAUCGCCACCUACCAUAAUCUAUACCCCCAAGACAAUUAUUGAGUGGACCCCCGAAGUUGGAGAAGUAACGUGCAUCGCGAUGUGUCUGCAUUCACAAGAUCCUCAGGGGCUUAUUAUUACUGGAGAGAGAAAGGAUGGGGAAAUUUUCUUGAUGUUCAUUGGGCGGGGAAAAUUUCACUUACGCGUACCUACCAUCUACGAAGGGUGUAGCUAUGACCUUCGAGCACUAGCCAGUAUUCUUGUUAUACCCUCGUCAACUCCCGACAACUUUACGUUACUCUGUGGAACACUCACCGGUUUAGUUAUUUCUUUCGACAUUGCUCAAACCGGACAUGAUUUCCAUAUCCGCGGGUCUUGUUGUGUCAGAUUCGGAGGUAGUGUGGCGACGUUGACUCAAGCUGAACAAUCGAACUGUUUGUUUGUGAAUUGUGAUGAGAAGAUUUUCAAGAUAGAUCUAAGUACUUUAAGUACUGAUGAAAAAUCCCCAAGGAGGCAGACAACGAGAAUGGCUAUCAAAGCGGAUCAAAUUUGGCUGGUAGAUGCACUAAAUACUACCCUACAACAACCAAAUAUUAACUCCAUAUCACCGCUCGAAUCUGAAUCACUAGCUGAUACUGAUCUUCUUAUGAUAUCAUACAAUCGGCUUCUACUUGCCAGAAUGGGGAUGAAACAAAAAACGGUACCUCGCCGCAUCCCCAUCAGAGGAACACCAUAUCGAGUCAUCCAUUCGGAGAUUCGAAAUGCGUUUGUCGUUGGCGCCUCUAUAGACGGUCGAAGUACACUUUACUUUGUAGACCCCGAAACUGGCGAAGAUUUAUCUGACCCAAGGGUCAAGAAGAAUGGGCCACAAACAAAUUUUGUAGCAGGAUUGGGCCGCUUUGAUGAAAAAAUCCUUUGCAUUUAUGAGUGGCUGUACUGUCAUGGGACUUCCAUUUGGAAUUUUGUUGUCGUAUGUACCAGUGGAGGCAGAGUUGUGAUUAUCUCAACUAACAGUGAUGAUAUUACGGUGACCCAUCCUGGUCGAUCCAAGAUAUCAUUUUGGCAAACAACUCAGUUCAAGAAUUUUACUACUGUGUAUUCAGUUGUUGGAGAUUCUGAAGGCUUGUACUACUGUGCACAAAGCGGCAACGAAGUCAAACUAUACUAUAGCACGUUAAAUAGGGCGGAAAGAAAGUUUAAUGAAAACGUGGCAGAAGCCAAACUACUUUCGCCAGCUAUUUCACUAUCUUAUGAUUCUGGAAAGAUAUAUGCUCUCACCAGGCAUCAUUCUCUACAAAUUCUAGAGGUCAUCAAAACUGAUGGAACUGUUCAUCUUCGUCAUACGCAUACCGAUCAACUUCAACACGAAUCUCUUCAUCAUAUGAUUGGCAGACCAAAUCCUCUUGGAGAAUCCGGUAGCAGUCAAAUUGAGUUUGUCUCGGACAGGUCAAAAUCUGUCAUUGGUUUGUGGGCUAGUUCGGGCUUGAAAGUUGAUACACUCGAUACUGUAUUUGAAGCACAACUACCGGCUUCAGUAAUCCGAUUUCGAUCUGCGAAUUGUCGUCCUGUAUGGGAUUCAAGUUGGAAGGUUCGUAAAGCUGGGGAUUCUGUCGUGGAUUCUACUCGUCUUCAUGGUCUUGGUGCGAUCUUCAAUGAUGAAAUGAACUCAGAGACUUUGGGAUUAGGAAUUGAUGGAUCAUUAUACCAUUUCACCACCCUUAAUGUCCGAGCGUGGCAAUUUCUCAAAUAUGUUGCCAAUCUUGCAAGGAGUUCUGGUCUUGUUGGGGGACGACCAUGGGAUGUAUCAGCCGACUUGGAACCAAAACAAAGUCCUGAAAAUAUGCAAGUUGAUGGUGAUAUUCUGAAGAGGGUUUUAGAAAAUGGCAAACUCGAAGCAAUGUUUGGGAUUGGGCAUCGUCAAACUGACGAGAACAAGAGACAGUUUAAGCGAUUUUGUAUGCUACUUGAGAGUAUGCAUGAGGGAAAGUUGGAAACUAGUCAUGACCCUAAUGUCUAUAUAGAGCAGGCUUAUGACGAUUUACGAGUAUUUUUGAGACCAGUCAUUUAA